CAUAAUAUUUGGUGCUGGAAAUCGCAGAAGCUGCUGAAGCCAUCAAGAAUGACUCACCUAAAGCCUACGUUUGACGACGUUGUUAGGUGGAAUUUGACAUAAAUUUGCACUUUUCCCAACCAAAAACCACCCUUCCUCUAUCUCCCACUUUCUCCUUGCUAUUUAUAUCCCCCACGCACACAACUGCCAACCACACCGCCGGCUCAAAUGGGAAUGUUCUCGUAUCUCUGUAAGGGCCUCCGCCGUGCUUCCAUUAGCAACCACUCCAAUCCAGGGCUUGCCCUUAUGCGGUACCUGAGCAAUGUCCCUGAAAACACCGUCUACGGCGGCCCAACCCCCCAGAACCAUACCCAGCGCAUCACCCUUACUAAUCUCCGCCAGAAGGUCAAGAGGGGCGAGCCCAUAACCAUGGUGACCGCCUACGAUUAUCCGUCGGCGGUGCAUUUGGACACUGCGGGUAUUGAUAUUUGCUUGGUGGGAGAUUCCGCCUCCAUGGUGGUUCACGGCCACGACACCACUUUGCCCAUCACUUUGGAUGAGAUGCUCGUCCACUGCCGCGCGGUGGCGCGUGGUGCCAAGCGCCCCCUCCUCGUCGGGGACUUGCCUUUCGGCACCUACGAGUCCAGCACUAACCAGGCCGUUGAUACAGCAGUGAGGGUGCUGAAAGAAGGAGGAAUGGAUGCAAUUAAAUUGGAAGGUGGGGCGCCGUCAAGAAUUACGGCAGCCAAAGCUAUAGUUGAAGCUGGGAUUGCAGUGAUGGGGCAUGUUGGCCUCACUCCUCAGGCCAUCAGUGUUCUUGGAGGAUUCAGGCCCCAGGGCAGAAACAUUGAUAGUGCAGUCAAGGUCGUCGAGACUUCCAUGGCUUUGCAAGAAGCAGGAUGUUUUGCCGUUGUGUUAGAAUGCGUUCCUCCCCCAGUGGCUGCUGCUGCCACAUCAGCUCUUCAGAUCCCUACCAUUGGCAUUGGAGCUGGACCUUUUUGCAGUGGUCAGGUGUUAGUUUACCAUGAUCUGCUAGGGAUGCUACAGCACCCCCACCAUGCCAAGGUGACCCCGAAGUUCUGCAAACAGUACGCCCGUGUGGGGGAUGUCAUAAACAAGGCUCUUCUUGAGUACCGGGAAGAAGUGAUGAACGGUUGCUUUCCUAGCUCAGCUUACAGCCCAUACAAAAUUAGUGCCGGUGACUUGGAUGGUUUCAUGGGAUCACUGCAGAAGAUGGGUUUGGGAGAUGCUGCAUCCGCAGCAGCCAACGCUGCUGAAAAGAUUAACUCUACUAAAUAACGGGAGAUGAAAGACCAUAAACUAAUGGAAGAAAGACAACAGGAUGGGAUGUAAAAACCGCGUUCCUUCUGUCGCGAAUGUCGGAUUUAGAUUUCCUCUUGAGUUGGCUAAAAAAGUAGAGUAUCUAACUUAGGUAGUAGUAUUAGGUCCAAUGGUGGAGUCUGGAUUUUGUUUUGAUAGGAGAUUUUGUUUGGUUUCUUCAGUUGGUAAUGUUCAGUAUUUGGUUGGAGCUCCACAUUAUGUCCUUCUGCCAUCACGUUCAAAAGGGAAAGCGAAUGCAUUGCCUAAUUUGAAUGUUUUUUUAUUA